AUGACCAAGCAGCAAACCAGCACGAAAAAAUUCCUCUUGUCUUAUUUAAAAUCAUCUAAUCAAUAUGUUGUCUCGCGGAAGAAACAGUGGGGAUCAGUGAAGAAAGGUUGGAAAACCACCGAGGAAAUCCUGGAUGCAAUUGAUGAGCUUGUGAAUGCAAAGCCAAGUUGUCGACAGAAAUGGAAUGAUUGGGUGUUGAAGAAGGCAAAGGUUAUCGUAGCAGCACAGUCUCCACCUACUGGAAGUCUCUACAUCAACAUCAAUAAACUCGAUCAGCCUUUUUUUGACCACGCAAUAGAUGUUAAACGAGAUGACACUGUCAUUCAAAGCAUGAAUUUUAUCCACGAAUUGAUUAGUUUUAAACUAGGGAUUCAUAAGAAGACCAGUGAUGAAACGAGUGUGGAAAGUUUACAUAUCAAUUCAGAUUCCAACUUAGAAUCAGACUCCGACUUAGACUCGCAUGAGGACUGUCAAGCGGCGACGAACUCGGCUGCAACAAACGAUUAUCACAAAUCGAAGGACAAGGCAGAAAACACACAGACUAGAUUGAAAUCCGUUUUCUCAAAAUCGAUUGUGAAAAGCCUGUAA